GACAGAAAAGGCGGCGUCCCACGAGGGCCAAAACGCCUCGCGGAGCAGAGGCCGCCCCUCGCGUGGCGUCACUUCCCGCCGCCCGCUCAGCAGCGGCACCAUGGCGGAGCCCGAGGAGCAGCCGCCGCCCGCCGCGGCGCAGAGCGACGGCCGGAGCGACGGCGGGGAGGAGGCCCCGGAGGGCGGGACCGCGGGCGCGGCGGGGCCCNCAAUGAGCGGCGGGGGGCGGGCCCGCUGUGACGCGGCGCUCCCCGCAGUUGACGUGCUGUUGAAGGCCGUGGGCGACACCCCCAUCAUGAGGACCAAGAAGUGGGCGGUGGAGCGGACCCGGACCAUCCAGGGCCUCGUGGACUUCAUCAAGAAGUUUCUCAAGCUGAUGGCCUCCGAACAGCUGUUCAUAUAUGUAAACCAGUCUUUUGCUCCAUCUCCAGACCAGGAAGUGGGGACCCUCUAUGAGUGUUUUGGAAGUGAUGGCAAGCUUGUACUGCAUUAUUGCAAAACUCAGGCAUGGGGAUGAAUGACUGGCCACUUGUUCAGGUUUUCUCUUCAAAAACGGAGAAAGGACUAACUUAAACUCAAGCUGUAAACACACAGAAAGAGGGAUUUUUGCAUUGCUGCCUAUGAACCUAUGGUGCAUGUGAAUAGCAUAAGCAAAGAGCUGGUUAGACUAUAUGAUCACAUGGCUUUUUUUUGAUGUACAUCUGGGGUACAGAAAAAACACCUGCGCCUGCCAUGUAGAGUAGAGCCAGUGUUCUUGCUGCUGACUACUUAAUUGCUGUGUCUGAAGGGAAACGAUCUCAGUUAUCUGCAGGACUGACUGGACAGCUCUGUCCGUAUGCUGUACUGAAGAAAAAAGAACCUUUUUAUUAAAAGUAAUGUCUGUUGUA